UGAUACGGUGUGAUAUAGUAUGAUGCUUAAUGAUAUGAUAUGAUACAAUAGAUGUUUAAAAAAGGGUGUUGUAUGUAUAUUGGUGUAUACUGAACAUGGAAUUAUUACCACCAUUCGGAAGUUCGAACUUUGAUCAACAUGGCGGCCGAUGCUUGUGGGUCACAUUGUGAUGGUCAAGGCCAUAGUCAUGGAGAUAAUAGCCCAAAAAGUGCUGAAAUGGAUAUUUUUAAAGCUGCUAAAUCUGGGGAUUUUCGAAUGUUUCAAUUACUUAUUGUGGCAAAAGGAAAAGAAAUUUUAAAAGAACAUGACAUAAGUGGUCAUACUGCUUUACAUUGGGCAUGUCUUGGUGGGCACAAAAUUGUUGAAACAAUUAUUGAAAAUGAUGUCCCAUUAAAUGUACAAAGUGAAAAUGAUUAUGGACCACAGCCUAUACACUGGGCUUGCACUGAAGGAUAUAUUGGUAUCGUUGAUCUGCUGUUACAGCAUGGUGUUCCUAUUGAGGCUACUGAUAAGAAACAAUGCACACCACUUAUUAUUGCAGCUCAAUAUGGCAAAUCUAAUAUUUGUAGUUAUCUUAUUGGUAAAGGAGCUAAUAUUCAUGCUGUUGAUACUGAAGGGGAUAGUGCUCUCCACUGGGCAGCAUUUAAAGGUCAUAGUGAUUUGGUGCAACUAUUUUUAUACUCUGGAUUUAAUCCAGAAUUAAAAGAUAAAAUGGGUCAGGCUCCUAUUCAUUUAGCUUGUCUUAGCAGCAACUUGCUGGCUGUUAAACAUCUAGUUGCUAUGGAUAUUUCAAUCAGUGAACGUGAUAAUAACCAGAAAACACCUUUAAUGUUGGCAAUGGGAAGACACUAUGAUGAUAUUGUUUCCUAUCUCUACAGGAAACAAAAUAGAUAUAUAAAAUUUACUUUACG